AUGGCCUCAGCAGUUCUUAGUUCUGUUCCCACUACUGCUUCUCGUUUUGCCCUGUUGCAAGUGGAUAGUGGUAGUGGUUCUGAUUCUGAGCCUGGAAAAGGCAAAGGUAGGACUCCUGGAAAGUCUCAAACAAGCAAAUCAACUGCAAAUGAGAAAAAGAGAGAGAAAAGAAGAAAAAAGAAGGAACAGCAACAGACUGAAGCAAAUGAGCUUAGGAAUCUUGCUUUUAAGAAAAUUCCCCAGAAAUCUUCCCAUGCCACUUGUAAUGCUCAACAUGAGCUUUCUUUACCAAAUCCAGUACAGAAGGAUACACGAGAAGAAAAUUGGCAAGAGUGGAGACAAAGAGAUGAGCAGCUGACUUCUGAAAUGUUUGAAGCAGAUCUUGAGAAGGCAUUGUUGUUAAGUAAAUUAGAAUAUGAAGAACACAAAAAGGAGUAUGAAAAUAAUGAAAAUGCUUCAACUCAGUCAAAGGUUGUGAAUAAAAAAGAUAAAAGAAAGAAUCAUCAGGGAAAAGACAAACCUCUCACAGUAUCACUAAAAGAUUUUCAAUCUGAAGAUCACAUUAAUAAAAAGACAGAGGAAUUGAGUUCUUCUCAGACUUUAACACAUGAUGGAGGAUUCUUCAAUAGACUGGAAGAUGAUGUUCAUAAAAUUCUUAUUAGAGAAAAAAGAAGAGAACAGCUUACAGAAUAUAAUGGAACAGAUAAUUGUGCAGCUCACGAACACAACCAGGCAUUAGUUUUGAAAGAUGGAAGAAUUGAAAGACUAAAGUUGGAACUUGAAAGAAAAGAUGCUGAAAUCCAAAAGCUGAAAAAUGUGAUCACUCAGUGGGAGGCAAAGUAUAAAGAAGUAAAGGCACGAAAUGCACAGUUAUUGAAAAUGCUUCAGGAAGGUGAAAUGAAAGAUAAGGCAGAAAUACUUCUGCAAGUUGAUGAAUCACAAAGUAUCAAGAAUGAACUGACUAUACAGGUGACUUCACUUCAUGCUGCGUUAGAACAAGAAAGAUCUAAAGUGAAAGUUUUACAAGCAGAAUUAGCCAAAUAUCAGGGUGGCAGAAAAGGGAAAAGAAACUCUGAAUUCGACCAGUGUAGGUGA